AUGCAGGAUGAUAUCGAGAUGAUCAUGAUGGGAGAAUUGAAAUUCUUCCUGGGAAUCCAAAUCAAUCAAGACAUGGAUGGAACUUAUGUUCAUAAGUCCAAAUACACAAAGGAGCUUCCAAAGAAAUUUAUUCUUGAAGACUACAAGAUUAUAGCAACUCAUAUGCAUCCAACUUGCAGUCUGAACAAGGAACAAACUAGCUCCAAGGUGGAUCAUAAGAUAUACAGAGGUAUGAUCGGUUUUUUGCUUUACCUCACAGCUUCUAAGUAUGAUAUAUUAUUCAGCGUGUGUCUGUGUGCAAGGUUUCAAUCAGAUCCUAGAGAAACUUAUUUAGUUGUUGUUAAAACAAUAUUUAGGUAUCUGAAAGGAACAUCAAAUCUAGAACUUCUUUACAACAAAUCCCUAGAUUAUAAGUUUAUUGGAUUCUAUGAUGCUGACUAUGUUGGGGAUAGAAUUGAGAGAAAAUCCACUAGUGGAAACUGUCAAUUCAUAGGUGAAAACCUAAUAUCCUGGGCUAGUAAGAGACAAUAA